AUGAACCCCAGCCCUCUCUCAGCAGAAGACUACCACAAGCUGUCAGAUAGGGCAAUGGAUAACAUUUUAGAGUCUUUGGAAGAGGCGAUUGAUGCUGGUGUAGGGAGGAACGCGGAGGAGGGGUGGGAGUCAGGCGUCCUAACCCUCUCCUGCGGACCACACGGCACCUACGUGCUAAACAAACAGCCCCCAAACCAGCAGAUCUGGCUUUCCUCACCCUUGAGCGGACCGAAGAGGUAUGACUAUUCUCUGGGCGUCUGGUUCUACACCCGAGACGGAAGCACUCUCAAGCAGCUUAUGGAGGCUGAACUUGCCGAACUAGCGGGGGAGAGUGUGGGUGUUUGGGUAGAGCGGAGGUGA